AUGUUAAACAACGAAGAUAUUCACAUAGAACACUUCAUGAAAAGUCUUAGCAAUACAAUAAACUAUGUGAAAUCUGAUAUCCGUUCAGAGGCGACAACAACUGAACUUCAAGCUCUUCCAACGCGUACCUAUCUAGAAAGACUUGUAGUACCAGUUCUUAUUCACGGAUUGUUACAGCUAUCCAGAGAAAGGCCACAGAAGCCGAUUGAAUAUUUAGCAGCUUACUUAAUGAAAAAUAAGGAUUAUUAUAAACAAAGUAUGAUGACAACAAGUGGCAAGUAA